AUGUCUCAAAUCAAUGUUUCGGACAUAUUACCUUUAUUGCAACGAUUUACCGAAGAAAACAUCUUAUAUGAUUCUAAGCUCACCGAAGGACUUGCUAAACUGAACGCCGAACUUAAUGCACAUGAUGCUAACUUCACUGCGGAGGCGCAGAGAAUCUUGUUGUUGAUUAAUUCUUUUACCACGAGACUUGAUGAAAUUAAACAAAUUCUUGAAUGCUACAAUAAUCACUUUGGUAGAAUUUCAUCCGAAUUUGAUUCAAUUAAUGAAUCUAUCACAACAUUCCAACCCCUAUUUAAUCAACGUCAUGCAAUCAUCCAAAGAAUCGAACAAGAUCAGCAAAGUGAAAUGAACCUAUCUGAAGAUUCUUCCAAUUCACACAAUUCCUCUAUUAAUUCUUAUUCUCCUAAUUCCUCUGCUAGUUCUUCAAGCCAGCGAUCAUUUUCAGGAAUUACUAUCUGGACUCUCUUUAAACAGAUCUUUGAUAGGGAUAUGGCUCAGAGAAGAUAUUCUUUUGACGAAAUGUGUUAUUCCGUAGCCAUGCGCAUUCGUGAACUUGGAGGAGAUAUUAGGCAAUCAACGAUCAAAAACUUUUAUAAUAGAAGUAGUAGUUGUAAAUCAAGUACCGUGGACCAAAUUGGUUCAUGGAUAGAUAGUAUGGAGUAG